UCAAAUAGUACUAAUCGUAAUACCUUACCUUCUUCGAUAUUCUAUGAUCUCAAUUGUUUAUAUUCACGAUUGUUACUGAUCGCUACAUUUCGUCAUCUGGAUUUCAUCAUCCAUACCUCGAGAUUGCCGGAGUAAACCAUGGCGUCGAUCGUGCCGACAGUGCUGCGAUUUAGUCGUGUUACGAUAGAGAAUUUAUAUGAAAUUAAUCAAAAUGGAUUACGCAGGUUACCAUAUGUAUUUUCCUGGCAAAAAAAGCAUUUCAGUACAACGGAAAAGAAGAAACCGGAAGAGACUAUUGUACCUUCCAUGCAAGAAGUUAUAGAAAAUGAAAAGAAAUUAAAAACAGAAAUUGACCUCUUAAAGAAAGAAAAUGCCGAGCUUAAAGAAUCCAGAGACAUAUUUGAGGAUAAAUAUAAGAGAGCAUUAGCAGAAGGAGAAAAUAUUAGAGUUAGGCUUACUAAGCAGAUUAACGAUGCCAAACUGUUUGCUAUACAAGGCUUCUGCAAAGAUUUAUUAGAUGUAGCCGAUGUUUUAGGAAAAGCUGUUGAAAGUGUUCCAAAGAAUGAAAUUACAGAUAAGAAUCCACAUUUGAAAAGUUUAUAUGAAGGCUUAAUUAUGACACAAGCGCAAUUACAUAAUGUUUUCAAGAAGCAUGGCCUAAUUUCAUUGAAUCCAAUAAAUGAAAAGUUUGAUCCUAACGAACACGAAGCAUUAUUUCAACAAGAAGUAGAUGGGAAAGAUGCUGGAACGAUUGUAGUUGUGUCAAAAAUAGGAUAUAAAUUGCACGAAAGAAUAGUGAGACCAGCAUUAGUUGGUGUCGUUAAGGGAUAAUUAAAUGUAAAGAUAUUUUGGAAGCAAAGUUGUUCCUUUCUCCAUUCAACUUCCGUUGCUAGUCGCAUUAUAUACAAUGGAAUUUCCGCUUCAUAUGGAAAAUAUUUAUCUAAAAUAUUAACAUACAUGCAAAUUAUUCUUCUGAUAAUACAACAGUAUAUCCA